ACCCAGACCUCCCAACACUUCCUUAGAGGUGAUUGAAUCUCUGGGAAUCAUGAUCUACAAGGCAUUGGACUACAGUCUGAAGGAGAGCGAGGAGAGAGAACUCAGUCCGCCUCUGGAGCAGCUCAUCGACAUGAUGACCAACGUGGCAGAGAAGGAGAGGGACCCCUGCCCUGAUGAAGGUUACGAGGCCACAGAGGAGGAGAGGGACCCCUGCCCUGAUGAAGGUUACGAGGCCACCGAGGAGGAGGAAGACCCAAACACUGUCUGUAAUAUUAAAAGAUUCAGAGACGUCCUCACGCUGUGUACGUCCCACCUGCCCAGCCCCUCUGAUGCCCCUAACCACUACCAGGCUGUGUGUCGGGCGCUCUACGCCGAGACCAGAGAGCUACGCAGCUUCCUGGAGAAGAUCAGGAGUGCCAAAGAGAACCUGCGGCGGAUGGAGCGAGACACUGGAGAGGAACCAAUCAGAGAUGUCAACGAGCUACAGAACGCUGACUGGGCUAAGUUCUGGAUGCAGGUGAUGAGUGACCUGCGUAACGGGGUCAAGCUGAAGAAGGUCCAGGAGAGACAGUACAGCCCUCUACCUGUAGAGUUCCAGCUCACACCUUAUGAGAUGCUGAUGGAUGACAUCCGCUUCAAACGAUACAAACUACGGAACGUCAUGCUGAAUGGAGACGUCCCUCCCAGGGUAAAGAGUGCUCAUGAGGUCAUCCUGGACUUCAUCCGCUCCAGACCACCUCUCAACCCUGUUACUGGAAGGAAGUUGAAGCCUCACCCUGCGUGGCCGCAGACUCUACAUGAGCGUCUCUUAGAGGGCAUCAAACAGGAGAGGAAGCUACGGCCUGUUUCACCUGACGUGACCCGACGCAACCGCCUGGACUUGUCCACUCCAGAUGCCCCCAGGAAGCACACCACCAGUACCCUGUCCUGUCCACCAGCUCCCGGGGUGGGAGGGGCUCUGCAUCAGAGGAAGAGGCUCCUGAAGGCGCCCACACUGUCUGAACUGGAAAGCUCAGUGUCUGAUGAUGAGCCCAGUCACAGCUCCUCCAGUUGGUCUCCAUCCGUGUUGGACGCCUCGUCUCCUGAAUCUGUCCUUGGGAAGAACGCACCCCCUAGGUUCCGGUCCAUCUCCAUGACUCCCCAGCCUGACAGUCGCCCCUCCCCUCAGAGGGGACACUCCAUUGAGAAGGAGCCCCCCACCAGCAUACGACCCUUCACAGCCCCCACCAGACAGAGCUCCAAGUCUCUGGUGGAAAACCCCGCCCCCAGCAGUGGUGCUAAGGUGGAGGACUUCUACUACCCUGUAGAGUGUCUGGCUCUAACAGUAGAAGAGGUGAUGCACAUCAGACAGGUUCUGGUCAAAGCUGAGCUGGAGAAGUUCCAACAGUACAAAGACGUUUACAACGAACUGAGGAAAGGAAAGCUGUGUUUCUCCUGUCGGACUAAAAGGUUCUCCUUCUUCAACCGGUCCUACACCUGCCAAUUCUGCAAAAGGCCUGUGUGCUCUCAGUGCUGUAAAAAGAAGAGUCUUCCAUCUAAGCCGUAUGCCAACCUGUCCAUCUCCUCGCUGGGAUCUACUACCACCAUCCUACCCAGGGAGGAGGCUGGAGGGACAUCAGCCUUGGACACCUCAGAGAAGCCCUCGUCCAGCCAGCGCCUGCGCCGGACUGUCUCCAGGUUAUCCAAACGCAAAAUUGAGCGGUCUAGUGACGAGCUGGAUCUUCCCAAGGAGCUGACAGAGGAUUGGUGUACCAUGGAGGUCUGCAUCGACUGUAAGAUGUUCAUCUCUGAGAUCAUCUCCAGCAGCAAGCGCUCUCUGGCCACCAAGCAAGCCCAUCUGAAGAGGAAAACCCAGUCCUUCCACAUAUCUUCAGCUAACACAAACUACUGCAGACCCUCUGUGAGGAACGUCAACGAGGUUUAACUUUAGGGUCAGACCUCUCUCUGUCCACUCCUUGGGGGCGUCUCAAAUCCAAAUUGUAUUUGUCACGUGCUCCUAAAAACAGCAGUGAAAUGCUUCUAUUUCAUGAAAAACUUCUCCAUAUAGGGCUGCACUUUGACCAGAGCUCAAAGGGACCAGGCUGUUUGUUGGCCAGCUAGCUGUGUGAUGUAUUUAUCAUGACUCUGCUCACCCUGGCUAACACUCUAUGGACUCUGGUCUAAAGUAGUGCACCAGAUAGGGAAUACGGUAGGUACCCUUUUGAGACAGUCAUACUCUCUCAGCUCUUUGCUGCUCAUCACUGUGUUAUAAUGAUAUAGGUGACCGUUGUAGAAGAUGUUCAGUGUGUUAGUAUAUACUACCUACCUGGAUGGAUGAUUCUAGACAUUUGUUGAAUAGACAGCAUGGGUUCUCUUCCCCUAACCGCUAGUGUCAGGAACGAUUGAGUUUAGUGUACAGCUGUGGGUGGACUAUUUAACCAUUUCCUAUUCUCUCACGUUCUGUGAUUAACCCUAAUAUACUGAACAAACGCAACAUGCAACACUUUCAAAGAGUUUACUGAGUUACAGUUCAGGAAAUCAGUCAAUUGGAAUAAAUUCAUUAGGCCCUCAUCGAUGGAUUUUCACAUGACUGGGCAGGUUGCAGUCAUGGGUGGGCCUUGGAGGGCAUAGGACCACCCACUGGGGAGCCAGACCCACCCACUGGGGAGCCAGACCCACCCACUGGGGAGCCAGACCCACCCACUGGGGAGCCAGACUCACCCAAUCAGAAUGAGUAUAUACUCACAAAAGGUCAGACAGAAAUACUCCUCAGCACCCCCCAGAUGAUCCAGAAGAUGAAGAAGCUGGAUGUUGAGGUCCUGGGUUGGCGUGUUUUUUUGUGGUCUGCGGUUGUGAGGCCGGUUGGAUGUACUGCCCAAAUUGUCUAAAGUGACGUUGGAGGCGGUUUAUGGUAGAGAAAUAAACAUUGAAUUAUCUGGCAACAGCUCUGCUGGACAUUCCUAUAGUCAGCAUGCCAAUUGCACGCUCCCUCAAAACACAAGACAUCUGUGGCUUUGUGUUGUGACAAAACUGCACAUUUUAAGUGGCAUUUUAUUAUCCCCAGCACAAGGUGCACCUGUGAAAUGAUCAUGUUUGUUUAUCUUCUUGAUAUGCUAAACCUGUCAGGUGGAUGGAUUAUCUUGGCAAAGGAGAAAUGCUCACUAUCAGGGAUGUAAACUAAUUUGUACAUAUGGAACAUUUCUGGAAUCUUUUAUUUCAGCUCAUGAAACAUGUGACCAACACUUUACAUGAUGCAUUUUAUAUUUUGGUCAAGUGAAUUAGGGGGACCAUUCAAAUAGCUGCUGAGACCUCUCGUCCCCGUCCAGAGAUAAUAUAUAUAUAUUUAACAGUAGUGUGGUCGGUCGGUGAGACCUCUAGUCCCCGUCCAGAGAUAAUAUAUAUAUAUUUAACAGUAGUGUGGUCGGUCGGUGAGACCUCUUGUCCCCGUUUAGAGAUAAUAUAUAUAUUUAACAGCUGUGUGGUCGGUCGGUGAGUUUCCAUAGGCAUAACCACUCUAGGCAUUUUAUUUCUAAGGGAGUCUCUUCCCAGCCAAUAAAAUCAAACCAAAUGUUAUGCCUAUGGUAGUCUCUGCCCCUCCCCAGCCAAUAAAAUCAAACCAAAUGUUAUGCCUAUGGUAGCCUCUGCCCCUCCCCAGCCAAUAAAAUCAAACCAAAUGUUAUGCCUAUGGUAGCCUCUGCCCCUCCCCAGCCAAUAAAAUCAAACCAAAUGUUAUGCCUAUGGUAGCCUCUGCCCCUCCCCAGCCAAUAAAAUCAAACCAAAUGUUAUGCCUAUGGUAGUCUCUGCCCCUCCCCAGCCAAUAAAAUCAAACCAAAUGUUAUGCUACUCCAAAUUUUUUGCCAGGUUUUUUUUGUCAUCUAAAAUUGGAUUGGCUGGAAAACAGGGUAAGGUCAGAGGUCAAAUGAUUUGGUCUGUUCUAGCCACUUGUUUACUAUGAUGUAUUUGGACCAUUUCUGUGCCUGGUGCCAUGUCAUUCUAUGGACCUGUAGCAUAUUGGCAAGAACUUGAUCAGGAAUUGAUAUGGGGAUUCUAGAAGCAGUUUUUUUUUUUUUUGCUUCCUAGCUGACCAAUAGGAUCUCAGAAUGGUGGGAUGUGAUUGUGUGCAUGCUGUAUCUAACACCAUCCAUUAUAUUCUAGUAUAUAUAACAAUGUUUUUCCAGGAAUAUUAUCUUAAAGAUUUUUAUUUCUUUUGUAUGUAAUAUUGACUAUCUCCUGUCCGGAUUAGAAUAGAUCACAUAGAUGGACCUCCUAGACCAGUUAGGUCUGGAUCAGACCAGAUAGAUGGACCUCCUAGACCAGUUAGGUCUGGAUCAGACCAGAUAAUGGACCUCCUAGACUAGUUAGGUCUGGAUCAGACCAGAUAGAUGGACUUCCUAGACUAGUUAGGUCUGGAUCAGACCAGAUAGAUGGACCUCCUAGACCAGUUAGGUCUGGAUCAGACCAGAUAGAUGGACCUCCUAGACCAGUUAGGUCUGGAUCAGACCAGAUAGAUGGACCUCCUAGACCAGUUAGGUCUGGAUCAGACCAGAUAGACGGACCUCCUAGACCAGUUAGGUCUGGAUCAGACCAGAUCGUCCUUCUCGACCAGUCAGGUCUGAAUAGCACUUUUACUGUACCAAUGUAUUGUUGUUUUGAAGUUCCUUCUUUACUCAUUUAAUUUAAAUUCUUAAAUAUUUUGUUCCACGUCGUGAAGUUAGUGUGGUGUAAUGGUAUCCUAGAGUUAAUCGUGUGUGUUUAGAGCUUGGGGUUUGGAAGCAGGUGUCAGCAAAGCACAUCUUUCUGAAUGUACAGGGUAUAAUGGUUUUAAAAUAUCUUAUUUCAAGUGCAAUCUAAGUCUAUAUACAAAUAAUUUUAAUGCCCCCUUAAAAUAAUUAUUUAUUCACGCACAAUAUCCAUACACGGUCUGCCUAGAGACAACACAUGGAUGCAUUAUCAUUCAUACACAUAAAUCCUACAGACACACACCGAAUCUGCGAUUUUUCUAAUUUAUUUAUUUUCUGACCCCUUGUACCAGCUGUGGUAGAAAGAUCAGAUUUAUAACAAGUUUGACUAACGUCAAUAUCAACCUCAUUAAAUGUUCAUUUGGACCAUACGGAUAUAGUGAGGAAGGAAUGGUGUGUAUGCUAUAAUUUGUUUAUUUUUUUAAUGACAAUAAAAUUAUCUCUUUUCAAUUCUGUAUUGUAGUAUUUCUGCUCUGCACACAACAGGGUUGAAAUGAAGUAUUCCUUUAAUAGAUUACAGUAUUGUG